GUUGCAUCCUGACGACGCGGCGCCUUCCAGUUUUUCUGCUAUUGCCCCUUGGUGCGCGUGAGCGGAAGUUGAAGUCCACCGCUGCAUUCCAGUCUUUAGGUUUUGCACCUUCCCGGCCCAAGUCCCCUCGUAGGACACCACAACCCCCCCUUGCUUUCUUCUGACGGGCCCCUCUCUCCCUCGCUUUCCUCAGUCGUCGUCUUCAAGUUUGUUUCUUGCGGUGACUUCCUCCCUUCCUCUUGCGAUACCCGAGAUACCGCCAAAACCCGCUAGACGGCCUUCCUUUACGCCCAUUGACCUGUCUCGCAUCCCACUUUUUUUUUCAGCACCCAACAUCCUAAUUUACAAACAACGCCAAAAUGCGCCCCGAAGUUGAGCAGGAGCUUGCUCACACGCUCCUUGUGGAGCUCCUUGCGUACCAAUUCGCCUCGCCCGUGAGGUGGAUCGAGACCCAAGAUGUGUUUCUCGCAGAGCAAAUGGCCGAGCGGAUUGUUGAAGUUGGACCGGCAGACACGCUCGGUGUGAUGGCCAAGCGGACUCUGGCCUCCAAGUACGAAGCCUACGAUGCCGCCAAGUCGGUGCAAAGACAGAUUCUCUGCUACAACAAGGACGCCAAAGAGAUCUACUACGAUGUUGACCCGGUCGAAGAGGAACCUGAGCCCGCGGCACCCGAGGCGAGCUCCUCGCCCAGUGCUCCUGCAGCAUCUGCCGCCGCCGCCCCGGUUGCGGCGGCUGCCCCGCCACCCAGUGCAGGGCCAGCGGCCCAGGUCCCGGACGCACCUGUCCAGGCCGUGGAGAUUGUGCGGACGCUGGUUGCCCAGAAGCUCAAGAAGCCCCUUCAAGAUAUCCCUCUCAGCAAAGCAAUCAAGGAUUUGGUUGGCGGCAAGUCGACUCUUCAAAACGAAAUCCUCGGCGACCUCGGCAAGGAGUUUGGCUCAACACCCGAGAAGCCCGAAGACACACCCCUCGACGAAUUGGGCGCGGCGAUGCAGGCCACCUUUGAUGGGAACCUCGGCAAGACAUCGCAGGGACUCAUUGCACGCCUCAUAUCUUCCAAAAUGCCAGGCGGCUUCAAUAUCACAACUGCGCGGAAGUACCUCGAAACAAGGUGGGGCCUGGCGUCCGGACGACAGGACGGUGUGCUGUUGUUGGCCAUCACAAUGGAGCCGCCCGCUCGUCUCGGAUCGGAUGCCGAUGCCAAGGCGUUCCUUGACGACGCCUCUCAGAAGUACGCCUCCAAUGCCGGUAUCAGCCUUUCAACGGCAUCCGCUGCCGGGCCUGCUGCUGGUGCUGGAGGUGGCAUGAUGAUGGAUCCCGCUGCCAUCGAAGCUUUGACCAGCGAUCAAAAGGCACUGUUCAAGCAACAGCUCGAACUCAUCGCGAGGUAUCUCAAGGUGGAUAUCCGUGCGGGUGACAAGGCAUUUCAAGCCUCGCAGGAGUCGUCCAAGGUUCUGCAGUCUCAGCUCGACUUGUGGAUGGCCGAGCACGGCGACUUUUACGCUACUGGCAUCGAGCCUGCGUUUAGCUCCCUCAAGGCCCGCGUCUACGACUCUUCAUGGAACUGGGCUCGCCAGGACGCGUUGAGCAUGUACUUCGACAUCAUCUUUGGCCGGCUGCAAGCCGUUGACCGUGAAACCGUCAGCCAAUGUAUCCGGCUCAUGAACCGGUCAAACCCGACGCUGCUCGAGUUUAUGCAGUACCACAUCGACAAUUGUCCUACUGAGCGUGGGGAAACCUACAAGCUUGCCAAGAUGCUCGGUGCUCAGCUCAUCGAAAACUGCAAGGAUGCGCUCGGAGCCGAACCCAGGUUCAAGGACGUUGCAGUUCCCACCGGCCCUAAGACCACCAUCGACGGUGACGGUAGCAUGAGCUACGAGGAGGUCCCAAGAGCCAGCUGCCGCAAGUUGGAGCACUACGUGCAACAAAUGGCGGAAGGCGGAAAGAUCUCAGAAUACGGCAAUCGGACCAAGGUGCAGAACGACCUCUCCAAAAUCUACAAGUUGAUCAGGCAGCAGUACAAGUUCUCUAAGGGCUCGCAACACGAGAUUAAGAGUCUGUACAGCGAUGUCAUCCGCUCUCUUGGCAUGAAUGAGAGCCAAAUCAUUCCCAAGGAAAACGGCAGGCUCAACGGCCUGUCCAAGAAGGGCAAGCCUAAGGGCAAGGUCGAAACCAUCCCGUUCCUCCACCUCCGCAAAAAGACGCAGCAGGGGUGGGACUUUGACAAGAAGCUCACCAACGUGUAUCUCGAUUGCCUUGAGGAAGCAGCUAAGGAUGGCGUUACUUUCAAUGGGAAGUAUGUGCUCAUGACUGGUGCCGGUGUUGGCUCGAUCGCCGCCGAGGUACUCCAGGGGCUCAUCAGCGGUGGUGCCAAGGUGAUCGUCACCACCAGCCGCUUUUCUCGCGAGGUUACAGAGUAUUACCAGUCCAUGUACGCUCGCUUUGGCUCGCGCGGUUCUCAGCUCGUGGUUGUGCCUUGCAACCAAGGCAGUGUCCAAGACAUUAAUGCUCUGGUCGACUACAUCUACGAUACCAAGACCGGCCUGGGUUGGGACCUGGAUUACGUUGUUCCUUUUGCUGCCAUCUCCGAGCAGGGCCGCCAAAUCGACGGGAUCGACUCCAAGUCGGAGCUGGCCCAUCGUAUCAUGCUCACCAACCUUAUCCGUCUCCUCGGCAACGUCAAGGCACAGAAGGCCACCCGCGGUUUCGAGACACGUCCCGCUCAGGUGAUUCUCCCGCUCUCACCCAACCACGGGACUUUCGGCAGCGAUGGUUUGUAUUCCGAGUCCAAACUUGGUCUGGAGACUCUGUUCAAUCGCUGGGUUUCCGAGGACUGGGCCAACUACCUCACAAUUUGCGGCGCCAUCAUCGGCUGGACUCGCGGGACGGGUCUGAUGUCAGGCAACAACAUUGUGGCCGAGGCCGUUGAGCGUUUCGGUGUCCGCACUUUCUCGCAGCAGGAAAUGGCCUUCAAUCUACUUGGGCUGAUGUCCCCUACUAUUGUCGACCUCUGCCAGAAUGAGCCGGUCUUUGCGGACCUGAACGGUGGCUUGCAGUUCAUUCCCAACCUCAACGAGACCAUGACGAAGGAACGCAAAUCUCUGACCGAAACAAGCGAGAUCCGCCGCGCGGUGACCAAGGAGAUCGCGGCGGACGCCAAGAUUGUCAACGGCGAGGAGUCAGAAGAUACUCAUAAAAAGAAGAUUAUCGAGCCUCGCGCCAACAUUAAGUUUGACUUCCCGCCCGUGCCGGACUGGGAGUCCGAGGUUGCGCCUCUGAACGACAAUCUCAAGGGCAUGGUUGACCUCGAGAAGGUCGUUGUUGUCACGGGCUUUGCCGAGGUCGGGCCGUGGGGUAACUCCAGGACCAGGUGGGAGAUGGAGGCCUACGGCGAGUUCUCGAUUGAGGGCUGCAUCGAGAUGGCAUGGGUCAUGGGCCUGAUCAAGAACCACAACGGGCCGAUCAAGGGCAAGCCGUACUCUGGCUGGGUGGACGGCAAGACUGGCGAGCCUGUGGACGACAAGGAUGUGAAGCCCAAGUACGAAAAGUACAUCUUGGAACACUCGGGCAUCCGUCUGAUCGAACCCGAGCUUUUCGACGGUUACGACCCCAACAAGAAGCAGCUGAUGCACGAGGUUGUCAUCGAGGAGGAUCUGGACCCCUUCCAGGCUUCCAAGGACACGGCCGAGGAAUUCAAGCGGGAGCACGGUGACAAGGUGGACAUCUUCGAGAUUCCCGAAAGCGGCGAGUACACUGUGCGCAUGAAGAAGGGCGCUUCCCUCUGGAUUCCGAAGGCGCUGAGGUUCGACCGUCUCGUUGCCGGCCAAAUCCCAACGGGAUGGGAUGCCAAGCGGUACGGCGUUCCUGACGACAUCAUCUCCCAGGUUGACCCUGUGGCUCUGUUUGUCCUUGUCUCCACCGUCGAGGCCCUGCUCUCGGCGGGUAUUACCGACCCGUACGAGUUCUACAAGUACGUCCACGUCUCGGAAGUGGGUAACUGCGUCGGCUCUGGCAUGGGUGGCGCGACGGCUCUGCGGGGUAUGCAUCGUGACCGGUUCCUCGACAAGCCACUGCAGAACGAUAUCCUCCAGGAAUCGUUCAUCAACACGAUGGCUGCCUGGGUCAACAUGUUGCUCAUCUCAUCGUCUGGCCCGAUCAAGACGCCCGUCGGUGCUUGCGCCACAGCCGUCGAGUCCGUUGACAUUGGCUACGAGACGAUCAUGGAGGGCAAGGCUCGCGUCUGCUUCGUCGGUGGCUUCGACGACUUCGGUGAGGAGGGCUCCUACGAGUUCGCCAACAUGAAGGCUACGAGUAACGCUGUGGACGAAUUCGCCCAUGGUCGGACGCCCAAGGAGAUGUCGAGACCCACGACCACAACGAGGAACGGCUUCAUGGAGUCGCAGGGUUGCGGUGUCCAGGUCAUUAUGACUGCCAAGCUCGCUUUGGACAUGGGUGUCCCGAUCUACGGCGUUCUCGCUCUCACUACGACUGCCUCGGACAAGAUUGGGCGCUCAGUUCCUGCGCCAGGCCAGGGUGUCCUCACGACCGCCCGUGAGCACCGCGGCAAGUUUGCCUCGCCACUGCUUGACAUGAAGUACAGACGGCGACAGAUUGAGCGGCGCACCAGGCAGAUUGAGGAGGACAAGGAGUCCGAUCUCGAGUACCUCGCGGCCGAGGCGGAAGCGCUCAAAGCCGAGGGUCGACCGGACACGGAAAUCGCCGAGUAUGUGUCGGCCCGCGCAAAGCAUCUUGAGAAGGAGGUUGAAAGGCAGACCAAGGAAGUCCUCCGCAGUUUCGGCAACAACUUCUGGAAGAGCGACCCGAGCAUCGCUCCUCUGCGCGGCGCUCUGGCCACCUGGGGCCUCACGAUUGACGACCUCGGAGUCGCGUCAUUCCACGGGACGUCGACCAAGGCCAACGACAAGAACGAGUCGUCGGUCAUUUGCCAGCAGCUUGCCCAUCUCGGGCGCACGAAGGGUAACGCCGUCCUGGGUAUCUUCCAGAAGUACCUCACCGGCCACCCCAAGGGCGCUGCGGGUGCCUGGAUGAUGAACGGGUGCUUGCAGGUGCUCAACACCGGUCUUGUUCCUGGCAACCGCAACGCAGACAACGUCGACGAGGUGAUGGAGAAGUUCGACUACAUCGUCUACCCGAGCCGCAGCAUCCAGACGGACGGUGUCAAGGCAUUCUCGGUCACGUCUUUCGGUUUCGGUCAGAAGGGUGCUCAGGCGAUCGGUGUGCACCCCAAGUAUCUCUUUGCCACGCUGGAUAAGGAGACGUUCCACGAGUACCGGAUCAAGGUCGAGGCUCGGCAGAAGAAGGCGUACCGCUUCUUCCACAACGGCAUGAUCAACAACACUCUAUUCGUUGCCAAGGACAAGUCGCCGUACACGGAUGAGCAGCUGAGCUCUGUGCUCCUGAACCCCGAUGCGCGGGUCACGGUGGACAAGAAGACUGGGCAGCUCACGUACCCUGACAACUUUAUGAAGCUGUCGGAAAAGACGCAGACUCAUUCGGAGCGCAAGGCGACGCUGGAGUCGGUGCUCAGCCGGAGCGCGGGGCAACUAGAGAACAUGAACACCCGAGUUGGGUUUGACGUCGAGGACAUCUCCACCAUCAACGUGGAGAACGACACGUUCCUCGAGCGCAACUUCACCGCGACGGAGAUGCAGCACUGCAUCGGCUCGACCACGGGCCGGCCGCCACAGAAGGCGUUUGCUGGACGUUGGAGCGCUAAGGAGGCGGUAUUCAAGGCCCUGGGGACUUCUAGCAAAGGCGCGGGCGCGGCGAUGAAGGAUAUUGAGAUCCUGACGGAUAAAAACGGGGCCCCCUCGGUCAAGCUGCACGGUGCCGCCCAGGAAGCUGCGGACAAGGCGGGCGUCAAGAACGUCAACGUCUCGAUCUCGUACACGGAGAGCCACGCUGCGGCCAUUGCGACGGCGCAGCUGUGAGAUGUGGGUUGUGACAUUUUGGAGCGAGAUUUGGAAUUCAUCGUUUAGACGGACGGGUUUAUGAUCAUGUUUGUAAUUGGACGAUGCACCGAGUUCCAGCUUACAGCUUAGACGAGUUCGCGCGUUCGAGGCGCGCACGACUAAUCACUAGUUAGAUAUGACGGGAUGUCGUUUGGGCGGAAGCAAUUGUUUUUUACUACCACGACGUCGGCCUCGCGCAUCGUCCCACCACCUGUUGUCCCACC